ACGAGUACGAACGUGGAACCGCGCACAAUUUUCGUCGAUUUUGUUAUUGUUAUAUACUGAUAAUACGACGCCAAUGCCGCAGCCUUCCGAGCUGAUAAAAUUUAACCCAUUCAACGCGCGCGACUACCACUAAUAAUUGAAACGAAAGGAAAAUCAAUAGCCAGGCAGCUGUCCACAGCUGUUCCGCUGGUCACAAAAUGGUCUUUGAGGCGCUGGUUGUCGAUAUCCUCAAUAAGGUUCUAGGCGAUUAUAUAGAGAACUUGGACCGGAAUCAACUGAAAAUUGGCAUCUGGGGAGGUGAUGUGGUCUUGCAAAAUCUCAGGAUACGUGAUAAUGCCCUCGAUGAUUUGGAUUUGCCAGUUCAGCUUGUCUAUGGUUAUCUAGGCAAAUUGGUAUUAAAGAUACCAUGGAAGAAUUUAUAUAGUCAGCCCGUGAUUGUUGAUAUCGAUAGUCUAUAUGUAUUGGUUUCACCCAACAAUAAUGUUCGAUAUAAUGCCGAGAAGGAAGCUAAAUACGCCCUGGAGGCCAAGAAAGUGGCACUCGAUGCCCUGGAAGCGGAACGCAAAAAAGAGCUGGAUAAGGAUAAGCCCAAAGCUGAUCCUGGUUUCACAGAGAAACUAACUGCUCAAAUUGUCAAUAAUUUGCAAGUGAAAAUCUCCAAUGUACAUCUUCGCUAUGAGGAUACAAGCACAACAGGAAGUCCCUUCUCCUUUGGCAUAUCGUUGCAUGAGUUGGAACUUUAUACCACAGAUAAUAACUGGGAGAAAUGUUAUAUGGCCCAGCAAACGUCGCAGGUCUUUAAAAUUGCGAAUCUCUCGUGUCUCUCCGCCUAUAUGAAUGUAAAUGCCCGACUUUAUUCGGGUCAGGAGAAGGAACAACUGGCCGAAACGUUUCAAGCCCAUAUUGCAAACAAGGAAUUUAAGCCAGCUAGUUACAGUUACGUAUUGGGUCCAAUAUGUUGUAAUGCUAAGCUGAAGCUAAAUAUGAAUCCAGAAUUUGAUGAUCCACCAUUCGAAAUUCCCAAAAUUGAUUUGACUCUUGAAAUGGAAACAUUAAAUGUGGGUCUAACCAGUACACAGUUUCACAAUAUCGCAAAGCUGGGCGAUUCUAUGAAUCGAAUGCAGCUGGGUCUGCCCUAUCGCAAAUAUCGGCCGCACAAUUUACCCUACAAAGGCAAUGCCAAGACAUGGUGGAAAUUUGCCAUUAAUUCUGUUCUCGAGGAGGAUGUGAGACGCAAUCGACGCUGCUGGACAUGGGAAUACAUAAAACAACAUCGUGAUCGUUGCAACAUGUAUGCAGAGAAAUACAAAGAACGUGAGCUUAACAAGAAACCUCCUGCUACGUUAUUAGAGUCCUGCACUUUGUUGGAACAAGAAUUGGAUGUGUUUAAUUUGCUACUGAUACGACAGCGAGUUAAUAUCGAGAUAGCCAAAUUGCGGGUUACAACUCCGCCCGAGCAAACAGGCUGGUUUAGUGGUUGGUGGGGUAGUGGCGGUGCCAAGAAAGAUGAAGGCACCACUGGCGAAAACAUUGUCAAGAAGUUUGAGGCCGCAAUGACACCCGAGGAGAAGGCCAAACUAUAUAAGGCCAUAGGCUAUCAGGAGAACGCCAAUCCGCUAAAUAUGCCCGAAAGUUAUGAAGCCAUGCGUAUGAACUUUAAACUUAUUGCCCUGGAGGUGGGCCUCUAUGAGGAUGUGCGUCUUGAUAACGAUAGUAGAAUCUCUUACGAUUAUCAGGACUUGCCAUCGAUAUUAAAGUUAAAGUUCUCCAUGGCCACUGCUAAGGUGACACAACGUCCUGCUGCCGAGGCCAUUAGCAUAACUGCUGGCAUGAAAGAGCUAAGCGUAUUUGGCAGGCAAAGCAAGGAGAGCAAUCGUAUACCAUUACUGGUGGAGUCCAAAAUCACAGAUGAAUUCAAUCUGUUGGAUAUAUUCUUCGAAACAAAUCCCCUGGAUAAACUGUGCGAUCAGCGUGUUAAAGUUGUGGCCCGACCAUUGCAAAUUGUCUAUGAUGCAGACACCAUACUAAGUUUGCUGAGUGUGUUUAAGCCACCUAAUGAUGUUACGCUUUCCAAAUUUGAGGAUGUUGCCAGUGCCCAGUUAGGUAGCAUUAAGGAGCGAUCGGCCACAGGAAUGCAAUACGUCAUUGACCAAAAGUCCGUACUGGAUGCGGAUAUUCUACUCAUGCCCAACAUUCUGGUAGUGCCCCAUGGUGGUCUGUAUGUGGCCAAUGAGAAAUCCUUAGUGGUCGUCAGUUUGGGUCAGGUACAUGUGACCACUACACCGCGUCAACGAUCAUCCGGUCACAUUCAGAAUUUGUAUCAAUCGGGCGAGCAUCAGCAUGAUAUUCUUAAAAAUGUUAUGGACAAUGCCUAUGACAGAUUUACCAUUGAGGUUGAUGAUAUCCAAGUUCUGGUUUCCCGACCGGGUGAACCAUGGCAACAAGCUCUGAAUUUGGCUGUCGCCACCGAUCUGCAUGUUUUGAAACCCACCUCUCUUAAAGUUGUAGCUGCUCUCUGUGUGGUAGACGAUGAUCCGCGUUUGCCGAAGGUAAAGGUUGACAUCGAAGUGCCUGCCAUACAAGUGAAUGUCAGUGAGGAUCGUGUGAUCGAUGCCAUUGGCGUGGGCACCAGCAUUCCUCUUCCAGAGAACUCUUCACCAGCUCAACCCUCGACACUUCAACGUUCGCGCAGUUCGCUGUCCAAUUUUAUUAACAAAGAGAUAAAGAAAAGAAACACCGAGUCCGCAGUUGCGAUUAAGAAACCAUUGGAUAUUGACGAAAUUACCCAAUAUACCAAUGUGGAGGUGAACUUCUCCCUCAACGAGAUCUCUCUUAGGCUCUAUCAGUCACAGAGAUUAUGUGAAAAUGAUUCAGUUGUCACGCAAGAGUUUGUUACGCCGGAACAAGAGCCUUCAACUUCAUUGCAGCACGGAGAUUUGCUGGAUAUCGAGAAUACUCGUCGUGCCCAGGAAAUUCUAUCACUUCAGGUGCUGCAAGUAGAGGCUUAUCUGGCUCAGCGCACCUAUGAAACGGUGGCCACGCUAAAAGUGGGUGGUCUCAAUAUUAAGCAAUUCGACUGUGUGGGCAAUAAUGAAAAGGUGCUGGACAUCAUCGAUACCCCGGGUUAUGCUAAGGAUCAGAACUAUUUGUUCACUGUCUCUUAUACGCUGGCCGACAAACUGUCUCCAGAAUUUACUACUAAAUACAAUUCGACAGAGCAACUGAUUGUGGUUAAUUUCGAGAUUCUUAAUAUUGUACUGCACCAGGAGUGCUUGUUAAGUUUGCUGGAGGUCUCCAAUAAUUUCCAGAGAAAUUUAGAGAGGGUUCUGAAAUACGACAAGCCGCAUGAUCGUUUCGCUUCAGCCGGAGCCGGGGAUGGUAUUAAACAUAAACUGGCUGUCAUUAUGGAGGAUACUGAGCACAUCAUGACGACAAAUCAAAUGACUGCUCGUCGGAGUAAAGCAGCCGGUUCGCGACAUCGUCGCGUAGUGGAGAGCAUUAAGAUACGACUGGUGGCAAAUCUUCUUCAAGUGGGUCUGCAAUUAACGUCACGCAAUCGACCAUUGGCCGAGAUGAACAUCAAGAAAUUUGUGACAAGACUUACCAUGAAAUCAUCAUACACUGAACUGAAUAUAGGUUUGAAGGAUAUUCAAGUCAUUGACCUGAAUCCGUAUACCAAACACCAAAAUAUCUUGAGCAUUGUGGGUCAGGAUGCCUUUAAUUGUCAAGUGGUGCUCUAUAAUAAGGAUGAAACUCUCGACUAUAAUUCGGAUGAUAUGAAAAUAACCGUGGAUAUUGGUUGCAUGAAGAUCAUAUUUCUCAAUUGGUUUGUCGCUGGCGUUUUGAACUUCCUUAACAAUUUCCAAGCUGCUCAGCAAGCCUUGUCUGAUGCCAGUGCCGCGGCAGCAGAGUCCGCCAGGCAAAAGGCUAUGGAUGCCUAUGAAACGGCCACGCGGAUGAAACUUAAUGUGCGUAUUAAUGCUCCCAUAAUCAUCAUUCCAGUGGACUCGAAGAGCUGUAACGCAUUGUCCUUGGACUUGGGUAUGCUGGAAUUGACAAAUAAUACCAUUGAGGUUCCAGUACAAGAUCGAGAAGAGCGAGCGAUUAUAGAUGAAAUCAAACUUCAGCUGAAGGAUAUAAAAAUCACCAAGGUGACCAUAUUGGAAGCGGACGAUUCCAAUGUCGAUGAUGUGGAUGCGGCUGUUGGAUGGAGAUCUAAAUUAAAUAUGAUGAAUCCCAUGAGUUUCACUCUUCUGGUUACACGAAAUCUAUCAAGUCAGUGGUACAAAGAAGUACCCGAUCUUAAUCUAUCUGGUCGUCUGAAAUCAAUCGAGCUUACACUUUUUACUGAUGAUUACGCUCUAAUCAUGUCGAUAUUGAAUCGAAAUCUAAGCGAAGGUCUGGACGAGUUUCCACCCAUCGAGAAGGCGCCACCAAAGUCACCAACACGAAAGACGCUUGAUACUCGUAGCACUGUACGUCACCUUAUAACCAGACAAUCAACCCUGUCAUUGGCCAAAAAUAAAAGAAUUAAUGAAUCAUUGAAAUUCAAUUUUCAAUUUGAUGGCGUUAUUAUAAACCUGAUGGAAGCUGAGGAUGCUGGUCUGGCACGUUUUGGUAUCUAUUUUCUGUCUGUAAAGGGAUCCAAGCUAGUUGAUAAUACACUUAGCGUGUCUGUUGUGUUGUGUAAUAUUCAAUUGGAUGAUACACGUAAGAAUACCACCAGUCAAAUACAUCAGUAUUUGAGCCGUAAGGACUGGCAGAAUCCUCGAUUGGACACCAAGGAGAUUAUCGAUGCCUGCUAUAAUGAACGCAACUUUAUGGUGGAUGUCACGGCUAUUGUUAAAGAAAAUGAUACCUUCGCUGAGGUUCAUGUGCGUGGUUUUGAUUUGAUUGUUUCUAUUGACUUUCUACUUAAAUUAACUUCAUUCUUAACGGUGCCCCCGGACAAUGAGCGGAACUCUUCCAUUAGUGCGAAUCCACAUGAUAUUACGCAAACAGCUAACGAUACAUUGACUGCGACUAGGGAUUCUGUUCGUGGUGCGGCUGUGGCAGCAGCCAAUGAAAUAGCUGAUAGUGAAGUGGGUAGCACAUCGGCCGCAAGCAGCUCGGAUAAAAGAAUGCAUUUAAUACUGCACAUUGAUGAGCCGGAUAUCAUUUUGGUGGAGAGUCUCGAUGAUCUGAAUACCAAUGCAAUUAUUUUCAAUGCACAAGUACACUUAAAUUAUCGAUCCAUCAAUGAAAAGCAAAUUAUCAAUGGGCAAAUCGAUGCGUUGAAGAUCUACAUGAGCGCUUUCUUGCCAGAGCGACGCGAAGCCACACGUCAUUAUAUUUUGCAUCCGUGCGUCAUCAGUUUGCAGGGUUCGACUCCUGAAGAGGAGGGUCUUCACAUUAGUCUGAAGCUGAGUGACAUUAUAAUUAAUGUCUCGCCGGCCACAAUCGAACUGCUAAACAAGGCCAUGCUUAGCAUUAGCACGGGCCAUGCGUCAAAUGCGACAGAAAAUAUGGUUCAGAAGGAUUAUUCAAAACUCUGGUAUCCCAAACAAUUUAGCUCUCGUUCCUAUUGGUUUACCAAAGUUGAGGAAGCUACAGAAGCCUUCCAAUUUCUGGACAACGAAAUCACAGAUUUGGAGGGCAAGCAGAAAACGGAGAAAUGUGUAAUUGAAAUGCCAAGUAUAGCUUUGGUAAUUGAGUCCGGAAUGGGAUAUUAUACGAAACCAUUAGUUUCAUUAGAGACACGUAUCACGGCCGUGUUUAACAACUGGAGCCGAAAUCUUAGUGCGAAUGGAUCGAUAACUCUUAAUAUGAACUACUUCAAUCAGCGACUAGCUGAAUGGGAGCCCAUAAUCGAAUUGAAUGAAGUAGUUAACCGGAAUGGCGUCAGUGAGUACGUACCGUGGGAACUUAAGUUCGAUCUUGGAAUGGAGAAAGUACAAAGCGAAGUGGAUGAUUUCUCGGAGGAAUAUCAAACAACCAAUAUGAAAAUACAUUCCAACGAAAAUCUAGAAAUAACCCUGAGCAAAACUUGUGUCAGUCUGCUCGGCGAGUUGGGUGAAGCUUUCUCCCAGGCCAUCGACCAAAAGGGACUGAUCAAGCCCGAAAUUGUGGCUCCCUAUGUAGUGGAGAAUGAUACAGGAUUCGAUAUAACCCUGGAUUUGUGUCGCGGCAUUUUCACUUUGCACGAAGUUCAUCGAGGUGGAACCCAAAUACAAGGUGUGGUCAAUAGCACUCUAUUGCUGCAGACCCCAACCAGCGAUGAUCAGGCCAUAGUGGAUCCUAGUUCUAUACAGACAUGCACCAUUUCAUCAGGAGGUCGGGCAUAUCUGCAGACAAAGGACAUCAGUGGCCUAUCGGAUGAGCAAGCAGAUGAUUAUAAUUUGUAUGCGAAAGUUGGCGGCAUUGAUAAAGAAGUUAUAUUGCCAGUGUCCAAGGCGGAUGUUCGCUAUUUUCCUCUACUGCGUUCAGUAGACGGAGAACCUUGGGGCAUUAUAUCGGAGGUUAAAUUGGAUUAUGGCACUACCAAAGUAAACAUUCAUGGUGUUGUGAAUGUCCAUAAUCAUUUCAGUACUUCCAUUAAUGUUUACCGACGAAAACAACCUGAGGAUGAAGAAAUUCUAGUGGGAACAGCUAAACCCGGCGAAGUGUUUCAUGUCCCACUGCAUGCAAUCUACGCAGACUCCAAAGAGCUAUAUUUCUCCAUCAAGGGAUAUAAAACCUCCGUACAGGGAAUUUCGUGGCGCGCAAAUCCUUCAGACAUGAACUAUUCACAUCAGUUGCAAUGUGAUCCGACAUCGACCUUUGAACCGCUUUAUAUCAACAGCAUACGCAGAAAAGAUGAAGUCUACUACGAGAAUACCAACAAAUUCAAAUUGUUGAGUGCCUUCUAUACGAUUCAUUUACGACCGCCGCUUUACUUACGAAACAGUCUACCAAUUGAUAUCAAAGUUUCGGUAGCUGGUUGUUCAGUGCGCAAGGAGACAGUUGAAUCGCAUGAUGCCACGCAAGAUUUGGUAAAGAAAUAUAAUCGCGAGGAGUUCCUGGACUAUGGAGAAAAGGUCGUGGAACCCGGUGAUGUGCUGCACUUGCCCACUGUUAAGAUGUCGCAGAAGGGAAAAGAAACUAAAAGCUUUUUAGUUGUACGAUUGAUUCAAUAUUUGGAAAAGGAUUGGUCAUGUUCAACCGAUAUUGCUGAAUGUGAUGGUGAAGUAAGCAUUUGGACAUUUUGCUCUUAUGAUUCGGAAAUAAAAAUGGAUAUGGAUCUCUAUGUGCGAUCGGAGAAUCGUCAUGGCAGUCUAGUUCUUACUAUCUACAGUCCCUUCUGGAUGAUUAAUAAGACUGGUCAGAUGCUUACCUACAAAACAGAUGCUUCAUCUUUGGAAGUACUAUAUCACCCGCCCGAAUACUCGGGUCCGAUUCUGUUCACGUUCCGCGAUAAGUUAUUCUUUGACAAAAAGAAGGCUUCGAUUCGUUUUGAUAAUGGCGAAUGGAGUGAAAAAAUUCCCCUCGAUGUGGCCGGUUCAGUUGGAGAGGUUACCUGCCGAGCCAACGAUCAGAAAUAUAGCAUUGGCGUUCACAAUCAUUUGACUCAAAACUCACUGACCAAACAGAUAACGUUCAUACCGUUUUAUAUCAUUCGCAAUCACUGCCGCUUCGAUAUCGAGGUGCAAGAGCAGACUCGUCCCGGUGAUCCUUGGAUGAGACUAAAUCCGGAGCAAUGUGAGCCGCUCUGGCCGAAAAAUGAAGCCAACCGCAACCUGAUUGUACGUGUUGAGGAUAAGACUACGCCUGCCUUUGACUACACGGAGGUGGUGUGCACGCUGCUCAAGCUAAAUGAUAGCAUUUACGGUGGCGUCAAUGUCGAUGUUCAGACAACUGAAGGUGGCGUCUACAUAACCUUUACGGAAUACAAAAAAUCAGAUGCUCCAGGUCUGCUAAUCAACCAUACCAGUCACGAUAUUGUCUACUCGGAGAAGGGCACUAAAAACGACCUUAUACUGCGGUCGAGAAAUUCUAUAAUGUAUGCUUGGAGUGAUCCCGCUGGUCCCAAAGUAUUAAUAUUUGGCAAUAAUAAACAGGAAUCAGAUCUCCGGCGAGAUAAUGUAGGCGAAGUAACGUUGCAAAACGGACGCAAAGCCUAUUGGGUAUCAUUCUUGGAUGGAUUGCAGCGAGUGCUUCUUUUCACCGAAAUUGAAUCGAUUGCCAAGCGUACUGAAAGCAGUGCUGCUCUGCAAACCAUCACACAGAGUAUAGAUUUGCGUAUUCAUGGCAUCGGUGUCUCGGUGGUUAAUAAUGAAACCGGACUGGAUAUACUUUAUCUUGGCGUUACAAGUUCCGGCAUCAUUUGGGAAUCCAAGAAACCGGACAAGAAACGUUUCCGCGAGAUGACCAUUCAUGAUACGGAGCUAAUCGAAGCAGAUUACCAACGCUAUCUGGUGCAUAAGAGUGUCAACGAUGUGCAAACAUACAAACUGGAUAACAAAUUCCCCAUCGACUUUAAUAAUAUGAUCAUCAAGAAGAGUAAUGUCGAUCGCCAACUGAGACGUAGCUUUUAUCCAGCUAUUUGGGUUUCAAAGAAAUCAUCACCGUUCCAAAAUCAAUUGCAUGUGAAAAUUAAUCGUAUUCAGGUGGACAAUCAGUUCAUUGAUCCAAUAUUCCCAGUGGUCUUGGCACCCAUAGCCCCGCCAAAGAGUGUGGCCAGCACAACGACCCUCAAACCGUUCAUCGAAUGCAGUAUGGUCCAGCGAGUCAUGCCAAAUACAACGGUUAAGCAAUUUAAAUAUGCCAGCAUUCUAAUCCAGGAAUUCCAUUUCAAGCUCGACAUUUUAUUCUUAACGGCCAUUGCCGAGAUGUUUGCUAAGGAAGUAACCGACGAAGUGGCAGCCAAACAAUUCCGUGGCGAUGUGGAAUCCAUUGAAUUGCCGUUAUCGGCAUUCUUUGAACAGCAUUCGCAGCAAGAGCAAAAGAAUUUCUAUGAUAAUUUGCACUUGGGACCGCUUAAAAUACACGUUUCAUUCUCAAUGGCCGGAACUCAAACGGCGGCGUUGCCUGGUUUCCUGGGUCCACUCGUUCAGGGUGUGGGCGUCACUCUCACCGAUGUCAAUGAUGUUGUCUUCCGUUUGGCUUUCUUCGAACGAGAGUAUCAGUUCUUUACACAACAGCAGCUCAUCAAUGAAGUCACCUCACAUUAUACGGGUCAGGCGUUGAAGCAACUUUAUGUCCUGGUUCUCGGUUUAGAUGUCUUGGGUAAUCCCUAUGGUCUGGUGGUGGGGCUAAAGAAAGGUGUAGAAGAUUUGUUCUACGAGCCAUUCCAGGGUGCCAUUCAAGGACCUGGCGAAUUCGCCGAGGGUCUGGUGUUGGGAGUCAAAUCGCUAUUUGGUCACACAGUUGGAGGUGCUGCUGGAGCUAUGUCCAAGAUUACUGGUGCCAUGGGCAAGGGAUUGGCCGCCUUGACAUUUGAUGAGGAUUACCAAAGAAAACGCCGGCAGGGCAUACACAAUAAGCCAAAGAAUUUCCACGAGGGAUUGGCCCGCAGCAGCAAGGGUCUGGUCAUGGGCUUUGUUGAUGGAGUCACUGGUGUGGUUACCAAGCCGGUCAGUGGAGCUCGUGAGCAUGGAGUGGAAGGCUUCUUCAAAGGUCUUGGUAAGGGUGCAAUUGGUCUUGUUGCUCGUCCAACUGCGGGUGUGGUUGAUUUUGCCAGCGGAAGUUUUGAGGCGGUUAAACGUGCCACCGAAGCCCACGAUGAGGUGAAGCGUAUGAGAGCACCACGCUUCCAGCAUUACGAUUAUGUCCUGCGACCCUAUUGUAAUAUCGAAGCCAUGGGCAAUAAGAUGCUAAAAGAACUCGACAAGGGCAAGUAUUCCAGCACGGAUAACUUUAUACACUGCGAGGAGAUAAUACAGAAAUCGGAAUAUCUGCUGGUCACCAAUCAUCGUCUGCUCUAUAUACAACGUAAUGAGAUGUUUGGUAUAUGGACGUCACUGUGGACCUAUUUGUGGGAGGAAAUCAAAAAGGUUGAAGCGACCAAUCGUGGGGUCAAAAUCACAGUGCCACAGGAGGGCAAAAAGAUGUUGGGUCUAUUCUCUACAAAGGAAUCACCUUGCAAACUAGUGCUUCUUCCAGAUGAGCGUAAACGCAAUACUCUGGUAGAGAUAAUAGAAUCUCAUCGCCAAGAUCGUACAUCCAUAACGGUGACCUCAUCACCGUAUGCUUCGGCAAGGUGAAUUUACACACACCCACUCACACACACACCCCCACUCACACCACACACUCAUAUAAACGAUGGCAAAUCCUUAAACGGCAACUACCUCUUGACUAUUGUUUAAGGAUACUUGCUAAACGAAUGAAUAUCUUACACCCACAUAUAUAUGUAAACACCCAAAAAAAAAAAAAAAACUCAAACACACGCGCAUUACAUAAUGCUUUUUACGUAUGGUUAACAAUAAUGUUUUCUUUUUGAUAUUAAAAAAUUUUAUGUCACUGUU